AUGAAACCAUGGGUGAACGCGACCAAGCCGUCGGACGGAUGGAAGCUGUACAAGUCCACGCACGCGCUGGUAGGCGAGAGUCCAGAGUCGCUACUGGCCCAACCCCGUGGUGCAGUAACGCGAAUGGCCGAGCUCUUGGGGAAGGAGAAGGGCGGCCAGAACGCCGCCCGGAACGCGAUAAACCGUGUGAAGCGAGUCAUGGACUUCAUCUCCCGCAGGGUGGAGCAGGGAGACAACAUCGCGGUCUUGCUCGAGAAGCUCGACAACGUGUCCCGAGCUGUGGGCAUGUCGGGUGUGUCGGAAGGGAUCGCGGUGAAGAAGAAGAGUGUUGACUCGUCACUGAGCGAGCUGAAGAAGGGUACUCCUGCGGAGGUGCAGUUGCGGGUUAAAUGGAUGCUUGUACGCGACCGCCUAAUCGAUGCAUCGCUUCCCGCGUCAGAGUUUCCGGUCGCGUGGCCUCAGUACUGUGACCAGAUGCCCCCGCUUGCGUGA